CUGAUCCUGAGUAACGUCUGUUGGUUCCCUGUGUGUUCUUGCAAUAACGGAGUGGCAACUGCGGGCGGUCAAUCAUGUUCAUGCUCAUAAGAAUUUUUAGCAUCCUAACGAUGUACGCAAGAAAAAAUGGUCAAUUGGCAAGAGUGCUGUUAAAAAUUCAUCAAACGGUGUCCCAGAAUGGCCGCUUAUUAAGGAUACGCUUCAUCAUAGCCUGUUUCAGUUAUGAAAAUGACAAGCUGUUUUGUGUCGAUCACAGGGGAAGCAUCUUUGUCUUUAGUUUGACUGCUCUCAAAUAUUGGAUAAUCGAAAAUAACUUAAAUCAAGUAACUGCAAUUGAGCCUAUACCUAAUACGAACCAACUGCUUGUGGGAAAUAAAGAAGGAAUUGUUGCAGUUAUAGAUUCAGAUACUGGCAACGAACUAAUGCGCUUAAAACCUCACCAUACACGAAUCGAACGGAUAUCCUUCCCACCCUGGGUAGGAAAACAACAUCAACAGCAACAAAAACAACUACCACAUGCACAAUUCAAUUCACGCCAAAAACAGGAAGCAAAGUACUUAGAAAAACCAACCAACACGACCGGCACAAAGGACCAACAGAAAGCUAAAUCGAGCAAGAACGCCUUAGCAGCGAUGUUUCUAGUAACAGCGCCCGGCUGUGCCAAAUUGUUCGAUAUGCGAAAUUUCGUGGAGGUGCACCAAUUGAAUUACGGGACAGUGGACUCAAUGAAGCAUAUCGAGCAGCUACAAUGGGUUCCACGGGCGAAUCUUCUGCUAGGUUGCGGACUGCAUGAAAUGCUCAAGCUGUGGAACACCGACUUCAAACUAGCCAAAGAGAUAGAUCUGCGGAAGAUGAGAAGCAACUACUUGAAAAAGUUCCAAAUGGAAACUAUUAUAUACGACAAGGAACCACCGAUCUGCGAAAGCCAUGAUGAAUCCAAGCGUGAAGUUGAGCGAGUAAUUCAGAGCAUGACCACUGAUGGCCGUACCAAAGGGUACGUGAAAUCUGCUCAAUUUACUGCUAACGGAAAGUUUCUCGUUCUUAAUUGCAUGGACCACUCUUUGAUUAUACUCCGAUGUGAUUCAUGGCAGGUAUGCAAAAUUCUGACACUUUCUAGUCCAUUCAUUACGCAUUUUGAAAUCGUACACUUUGACCGGGAGCAGCAACUUCCUCGCACUACAGCUCAGGAGUUUUUGAUGAUGGUGAAAACUGUUGAGAAUGAUUUGCUGCUAAUGAAUUUGGAGAACGGUUCCAAAAGCUACAUAGGACAUAGACCGGAAAACAAAUGCUAUAAAUUCCGACUCUCCAACAAUGGCAAAAUGCUAGCCAACGUGCUGAAAAGCGGUGAAAUUUUGCUCCAUAAUUUGGAAUUCCAUUUGUGUGCCUUGGAAGCGAAUAAAUUACAACAUUCGGUGGCAGCGGUAGGCAUACCAACAGGAAAAACACAUCCGCGACCAUCGAAAAGAACUGCAAGUACCACUAGCAUCAGCCAACAACAGCAACGAACGAUGGCAAAUAGUAAUGUAGCUACUCCUUCCAUUGCAUCAUUGUACACAAUUGUACCAAAUGAAACGGUUGCUUCUUCCGGGUCAACUUCGACAGGACAAAUAGUGUCCGUAUUCCGGAAGGAGAGUAAGCUUAAAAUAGAUAAGCGCUUGGAGGAGAUCCACGAUAAGAUAUCGAAAACGCUAGCCAAAAACAGACUGCUGCCUAUAUUGAAAGAGUUUGGCGAAUAUCCGGAGAAGCAUCGGACUACCAUUUGGCGCACUUUACUCGAACUACCACAAAACGUCGAUUGCUUCAAUGCGUUGCUUCUGCGAGGACACCAUCCUUGUGUGGCGGAUUACGAGCGCAAAUUUUCCGGUUUCGGAGGACGGAUGGUUCGAAACAUGAAAAAAAUCGUUUCCUGCCUGGCUCACUGGUCAGCGGUUUUUGCACAGUGUGAUUUUGUGCCAUUUUUCGUACAUCCCUUCGUUCGACUGUAUCCAAAUGAUUCUCUUACUUGUUUCGAAACCGUUGCUACGGUGUUUCUAAACCACUGUCAGUUGUGGUUCGAGUUUGCUCCACUGGAACCGUUUAAUUAUUUGGGUAUGAUAGAGAACAUUCUGUGCGAGUACGAGCCGAAGCUGAUGAUUUUUUAUCGUACGCGCAAUAUUUCUUCCCGAAUCUAUGGGCUGACGUUGAUGGAGACAGCUUUCGCGGGAAACUUUGAUGCCAAUAAAUGGAUCCGUCUAUGGGACCACAUACUUUCCAACGAAUCCUGGUUCAUGCUAUUUUUUAUUGUAGCAUACAACGCUGCUCACAGGACGACUAUCAUGAAUUGCUCGAAUGAAAAGGAUGUUGAAGGAUUUUUUCACGAACUAUCACUGAUAGACAUCAACAGACUGCUGAAAAGGACAUACGAUUUGGCCGAACGAUGCGCUGAAGGCAUUCAUCCCUCGUACUACAUGAAAUCAUUCAUAUCACUUAGUGGCGCAACGGUUUGUAACACUUCGACGACCGGGGUCAAAUGCUCUAAUUUAGAGAGACCCCAUAAAUCGACUCAAUGUUAUGAACCCAAUCAACUUCGAAUUCGUGAUGGCGAUAAAGCGGUCGAAAGCACGUAUAGCAAAUUCAGCAACUUUCCCAAACAGCUGGUUGAUAUUAGAACUGGCGAAAUAAAUUGCUUGAAAGCGGAACAGCAGCGAUUGGAAGCAAAAAUAGUGGAAAUGGAAAAGCUCGAGCACAUGCUGAAGGACCGAAUGGUGGAAAAUUUGAUCCAAGAAGAGCAUGAGCAGCGGAUGAGAGAGGUUGAAAGGAAAUAUGAGGAAGCCCUAACGAGCGAGGAGCAACGCAUCGAAAUGCAACGAAAACUGCUGCUGCUGCACAAGAGACAGCUGCGAGAACGGGAAAAUGAAGUUUUGACCGAGUCUCGGAAUAUGCUACUGCGGAAAAGUGCUGCUGCAAGAGAAUCCGAGCUCGAAACAUUGCUGAAAACGCUGCAGCAAGAGAGGCACCGCGAGGAAAUUGAUCUCAUGUUCGCCGAGGAGGACAUGAAACAUCGGGAAAUGGAACUACAGGCAAAACGCUGCGAUACCAACUCGGAAUUAGUGGACGAUCGAUCUCUGGAGCAACGAUAUCAGCAGGCAAUUCAACAGCUGGAGCGCCAGAAGCAACGAUUUUACGAGGAUAUCGAACGGGUGUCUUAUUAUGAUUCGGUUGGACGUCCCGUCGCAAACAUGUACAGCGGCACGCAGACUGAUACAGCGGAUUACUGCCAUUCAAUGCCAAAACAAUGGCAUCUAAAGGAUUGCGAGAAAAAGAUUGAGUAUCUGGAAAGACAAUUGGAAACUCUUCUUCAUUCCAAAAAUCAGAUAUAAUACUAAAAUCUUUUUGUUUGUAUAGGUUUUAUUUCAUCAGAUCGUUUGAAAAUUGUCCUAACAAUAAAACUAUUUUCUUUUGAUUUAUGACAAUCACACGAGUCAAUGAAUUGCGUUUUCCUGUGGAAAUAGUCAAAUAAGUCAGUGUGACACAAACUUACUAACUUAAUAUCACUUUAAAGAAUCGAGUCUAGGCGAGUUUUUCCAAGUUGAGUUUUGUUACCUUUUUAAUAGUGCUCACCGAUAAAUAACACUCUACCGCGCACAAACAUAGGUACGUACCACGUAUGCACUUGCACCUGUGACAUAGAACAAGGAAAGGAUCCAACAUAGAAGAGCAGAUGGUGAUUUCAAAAUUUGCAUUACAAAUCUGCUAAGUUGCUCUACUACCAGGGAUAACAUGAAUCUGGGUUUUUGCGUCUUUCUAGAAUAGAACGGAGGAGUAAAAAUGCCGUUGAUUCGAUAUACACUAUGUAGCCACCAUAGUAAGCUAACCAAAGCAACUUACCGCAGGUACACAAAGGAGCAGAUGCAGUUGUAGGGCAGAGGUUCUCAAUGUAUUUCAAUCUUGGAGUGAUAAAUAAAAAUACUGAAGAGAUGGUCGAUAUUUUCA